AUGAAUCCCAUGGAGUGCACAACAGUGCCACAGCAGCCGACGAGGCCUGCCAUGCACGACUGCUCGCGCGAGAGCAAAAGGCUGAAGCCGGAGAUAAGAGUAGUGCACGUAAAUUCACCGGAGAUCAUCAAGACAGAUGCAGCAAACUUCCGUGAGCUCGUACAAAGGCUCACCGGGAAGCCGACCAUAGGAAUCGGUAAAAAGAAGAAGAAGAAGAAGAAGAAAAGGAAAACACUUUGCAUGACAGCCCAGGGAGAGGUGGCUCCGAGGUGCAAACCAGUCGAGGUUAUGGGAGGACAGAAGGAGAAGCACGAGGAGUAUGGGUGUGGGGAAGGAGCAAAGAGAGGCUCGGAGGUGGAAGAGACGAGAGAAUUGUGGGUGGAGAAGAAUUCGGGUUGUUUCUCUGGUAAGUUUGGGGAGAUGGAUAGUUUUCUCCAAGAGCUGAGUGAUGUUCCACUGCCUCCAUGGUGUUCUCCUCGAGUGGAAGUGGUAGGAGAAGGCACCUGCUUCCUACCAGAAGAAAUAGGAGAUUAA